AUGGUGCCCGGCUUCUGGGAUUACAACAGGGUUCCCCCCAGGGAUCCCGGUCGCCCCAGAAGCGGGAAGACCGGCGGGCCCGCCCCCUUAAACGUGGCGCAGUUCUGCACCCUGCUCCCUCCCCCAAGAGACCACCGGCUCCCCUCCGCCGAUGCAGGCGGUCCCAACCUCGCCCCGGCAGCUCAGCUGACUCCCGCCCCCGGGACGCGCGCCUAUUACGUAACUUCCGGGUUCUCUCCCCUCCCCCCCACGCACGCUCGUGCGGGAACGUCGCCCCGCCGGCCCCCCGGAGGCGUGGUGCGACCUGCGGGGGCGGGGCCGGGGCCCAGUCUGCGCUGGCUGGCGGGAGCCGGGAGCGCUGCGGCAGGGCUCGGCCUGGGGCAGGGCUCGGCCUGGGGGCGGAGCCCUGAACGCUUCCGACCUGGAGGCGAGCGGGGUGGAGAGCCGGCCCUGCGGAACGCCAGCCCCUCCCUCCAGACCCUGCUGCAGUUCCCGGCCUUGACACUAGGCGGCAAUGUCGGCUUCCUCAGCCCCCUCUGCAACCCGCCCAGCGCUGUCCAGCCGCAGCCUCGGAGCCGGUCCCCAGCACCUUUCAUGCCCAGGCUUCCCUCCCUCUCUCAGAUGGACCGCUCAGCCUCCCUGUCUGGCUCCCGCUCCCACCUUUCUAAAGAGCCCGCUGCCCUAGGUCUGCAGGAGAACCUCCCGUUCCGCGAUCUAAUCGCUGUCUUGACCCUGCUUCACAAGGCACAGCAUUAUUCACAAUAGCCGAGAUGUGGAAGCAACCCAAGUGCCCCUG